UCGGGGCGCUGGCUCUUCCCCUCAGUGCUUCAGAGAAGGGGACUCAGCACAAUGGCUCCCCGCACCGCCCCCACCCGCCAGAUCUGCUGCUGCUUUAAUGUCAGGAUUGCCACCACCACCCUGGCCAUCUACCACGUGGUCAUGAGCAUCCUGCUGUUCAUGGAGCAUGUGGUGGAGGUAGCUCAGGGCAAGACCCCCUGCAGGCUCUCUAAGACGAUCUACCUCCGGGUCGCCGACCUGGUCUCCAGUUUCCUGCUCAUCAGCAUGCUGUUUGUCAUCAGCCUGAGCCUGCUGGUCGGCGUGAUCAAGAACCGGGAGAAGCUCCUGCUGCCCUUCCUGUCCCUGCAAAUCAUGGACUUCCUGCUGUGCCUGCUCACCGUGCUGGGCUCCUACAUUGAGCUGCCUGCGUACCUCAAGUUUGCCUCUCGGACGCGGCCGGGCCCUUCCAAGGUCCCCUUGAUGACCCUGCAGCUGCUGGACUUCUUUCUCAGCAUCCUGACCCUUUGCAGCUCCUACAUGGAAGUGCCCACCUAUCUCAAUUUCAAAUCCAUGAACCACAUGAAUUACCUCCCGAGCCAGGAGGGCAUGCCGCACAGCCGGUUUGUCCAGAUGAUGCUCAUCUUCUCCGUCGCCUUUAUCAGCGUCCUCAUCCUGAAGGUCUACAUGUUCAAGUGCGUGUGGAGAUGCUACCACUUCAUGAAGUACAUGAACUCGGCCUCGGAGAGGAGUGACUCUAAGAUUCCCUCGAAGGUGGUCCUGCCAUCCUACGAGGAAGCCAUCUCUAUGCCCUGCAAGUCUCCAGAGGGGGACCCAGCACCACCGCCAUACUCUGAGGUGUGAUCUCCACCAAGCCCCAGCCCUAGUGCUGUGAGGGGCAGAGCUGCCUUGUAAUCUGCUUCUUCGCUUUGGGGGCUCCCAUGGUCUGCAUGGCCCACCCAGCUGACUUCAGGACGAUCUGCUUGGUCCCCUCCCUGGCCUGUGCUGCGCAGGGCUUAAAAGAUGCUCACCGUGGGGCCCAGCCCCUGGGCUGGAGAUUUCCUCGAGUCGCGCACAGAUUCAGUCUGACUGGCUUUUUUCCACCAGCUACACUUCCUUAGAUCUUUCCCAAUUGGUGAGUCUGGUUCAACCACUCUCAGCCCGAUCAGUUUCACCAGGCACCUGCCAAAUCCAAAAGGCAGAUCAGUAAAACAAUUUGGCCAAACCACA